CUUCACAGACCUGCAUGUGGCUGAACAUGCAGUCCAAAUCUCUUUUUUAUUUGAGGAAGAAAUCUCUUAAUACGCUGGAAAAUAUCUGCACAUAUUGAACGUUUGAGGAUCCUUUCACUGCAGUCAGAAGCUGUUUUGUGAAAUACGAGUUUUUUACGUCGACUUACUGUAUCAGGUAAUUUUUUUUUCAUUAAAGUAGUCCUGUGGAGGGGUUUCAUCGAGCUGCGGGAAUAUCUAUGGACUCACAUUUUAUUAUAUCUUGAGAACAACUUGAUGCUUCCUUCGGACUUCAUUUCGAGCUAAAAUUGAUUCUUAUAUUUUUUUAUUAUUCGUUCAGAGGAGGGUCAGGAUGGACUUCACUUCAAAUUCAUCUUUUUCCCUCUUCAAUUCACCUGAGAGUCUGCAGAAAGAACAUGAGCAACAGUACGACAACGUGCUCAUGCCCAGCAUCUUCGGGGUAAUCUGCUUCUUCGGGAUCUUCGGGAACUCCGUCGUCAUCUACACCAUCGUGAAGAAAACCAAGCUGUGCGCUCAGCAGACGGUGCCGGACAUCUUCAUCUUCAGCCUGUCCAUGGCCGACCUCCUGUUUCUGCUCGGCAUGCCCUUCCUCAUCCACCAGCUCGUGGGGAACGGCUCCUGGUGCUUUGGUGCCACCAUGUGCACCGUCAUCACAGCGCUUGACUCCAACAGCCAGAUCGUCAGCACCUACAUCCUGACCGUGAUGACUCUGGAUCGUUACCUGGCAACCGUGCACCCCAUCCGCUUCAAGCAUGUGCGGACCCCCUGUGUGGCCCGGGUGGCGGUGGCUCUGGUCUGGAGCUUCUCCCUGCUGUCCAUCACUCCGGUCUGGAUGUACACGGGACUCAUGCCCCUCAAGGACGGCUCGGUCGGCUGUGCCCUCCUGCUGCCCAACCCGGCCACCGACACCUACUGGUUCACCCUCUACCAGUUCUUCCUGGCCUUUGCUCUACCCUGGGUGGUCAUCUGUUGGGUCUUUUUUAAGAUUCUGCAGAACAUGUCGGCUACAGUCGCCCCUCUGCCUCCGUGCAGCCUGAGGGUGAGGACGAAGAAGGUGACCCGCAUGGCGGUGGCCAUAUGCCUGGCCUUCUUCUCCUGCUGGGCUCCUUAUUACAUCCUGCAGCUGGCCCACCUGGGAGUACAGAGACCCACCUUUGCCUUCAUGUACGCCUACAACAUCGCCAUCAGUUUGGGUUACGCGAACAGCUGCAUCAACCCGUUUAUUUACAUCGUGUUGAGUGAAACGUUCAAGAGGAAGUUCAUUGUUGCCAUCAGGCCGACUCACAAAGUGUUCAGGGUUGCCCCUGCUCUCCCCGACGGCAGCAUGAGCCUGAAGAUGGCACCAGACAACACUCACUCAUCCCACCUGCAGUCACCCAGAGAGCUGCUUCACAACAUGCUGCCUGUCACUGUGGCUGUGCACUGAGACGACCACACGACCCCCCCAGCCAUGACCGCCAA